AUGCUUUCCUGGUGCGCGUGGAGGCGUCCGAAUCUUGUCGUACAUUGUGGCAAGGUGCGUCAGCGGCACAGCUUCCAGGUGAUGCUGACGUGGCGUCGUUCUGCGCAAGUUGUGGGCACUGCCAUCCCGCUGUGUGAGCGCGUCCGUCAGGAGAUGCUGCCCGAGUCGCGUUUCUGGACUUUGCUAUCGGGCCGCCCAGCAGCAUUAUAUUGCCUUGGACACCCACCGCUCCUUGGCAAAGUGCCGCAAGGCAAGGAGUCCCUCGGCAGGGUUGUGCAUGUUCCCAUCCAUUGGCUAGGAUUCAACCCACACUUCGGCGAGGUUUCAACCAAGGUUUCAAUCAAGCAGCCCUGA